AUGAUAAACUAGGUGAGCAUAACAGAUGAAAAUGUUAUGAGAAGCAAGAAGUUUAUAGUAUAAUAAGAUUAGAAAAGAAAGAGAAAGUUGUAUGGGGGUAUGAAUUAAUAUAAAUAAUAGAUAAAAAAAUUUGA